GGCUGCCAUUCGCGCCAGUUACUCGGUGGCAGUGGCACGUUACAGCACGGCGGCAUUUACUCAUCGCUGGUACGGCGCGUGAACCGUACAAGUGUUUGCCCGGUUUUCGCUCUCUGGUCCCCCACACCGCCUCCCUCACUUAACCGUAUCAUAAUAGCCCUGCCCAGUGCAGUGAUAGUGGAGCAGAAGUUCGCAAGCGGUUCCUUCACGCCAAAAGCGAGGCAUCCGGCCGCCUUACUGGAUUACGGAACGAAGAAAAAUCAAUAAUUUAAUGUGGACCUGCUGCAGGCAGCCAAGGGGUGAAAACGUAGCUACCAGAAGACACCAGACUCUAGAGGCUCGGCAGUAGGAAAACUGUUCGACUCUUCAGUUCAACCACGACUAGAGGCUGUUCCGUGCAGUGUGGGAAUACGGAGGCACAAGAAAUUAACGGGAGAGCUGUCUGUCCGAUUUUUAUCACUUCAUUGUCCCCAUCACUCGGCGGCAGUCGUGGCCGGAAGAAAGUGUGAAUGUGCGUUCUGUAACUGUUAUCGGUGUGGACGCGUUAAUUGUGAUCUUGAGCCGCAGUACAAUACGCUGACUUUCAGAUUCGCGUGGCACGCUGGCAUGUGGACAUGCGAAAAUAAAAAUCAAUAACAAGUAACCGAAUAGUACGCGGACAACGGCGGCAAUUUGAUAAUAUUUUUUGCGGUAAUAUCGUACGGUUGUGAAAUCUUUGUAAUAGAACCACGGCGCUUGUCGAAUGUCGAACGAACCGAGCGGCAAGAGUGAGGAGGGGCGAGUACCGGCACUAACCCCAGCGGCACCAGCAUUGGAUCAUAAUGUUCCCAAGAAAGUCACCAGCGUCAUCCCGAAGCACAGACAGAAACUGUUGAAAUGGAAUGGCUGGGGAUACAAAGAUUCGCGCUUCUUGUAUCAGGAUGGAACGAUCGUCUUCACUGGUGAUAGGUAUCCCAUCGGCGGUAAGGUAUCGUUGCCACACUUCCACGACUACGUGAUUGAAAACUUCAAUGUGGAUCUGUCGGACAAACGGGAAGGUGUGUCGAUACCGAACGACUUUCCUGCACCGGUACCGUGCCAACAGUUCCUAGUGGAGGUGCAGGGCGCUGGUGUGGACUGCACGCAGCACGGUGAGGAUCGUUUGAUUCGCUGCCAUGGCCAAACAUUGCACGACGUGCACAUGUUGCGCACCGGUACUUUCAAACGUAUCCCGGACAUGGUGCUCUUUCCGACCUGCCAUCAGCAAGUGGUCAAGAUUGUGCUCUUAGCCAACAAGCAUAACGUGGUGCUAAUACCGUACGGCGGUGGAACGUCAGUGUCCGGUUCGGUGACAUGUCCGGAGGAAGAGCGGCGCCCAAUUGCCGCCCUCGAUACCACCCAAAUGAACCGGAUGAUGUGGAUCGAUCGGCAGAACUUGGUUGCAUGCUUCGAGGCCGGUAUUGUCGGCCAGGAUUUGGAGCGAGAGAUGCGCCAGCUCGGUUUCACCGUUGGCCACGAACCGGACAGCUACGAGUUCUCGACGCUCGGUGGCUGGGUAGCAACGCGGGCGUCCGGUAUGAAGAAGAACGUGUACGGUAACAUCGAGGAUCUGGUUGUGCGCGUGAAGAUGGUAACGGGACGGGGGGAAGUGCUGGAACGAGGAAUUUCGGUACCGCGGAUUUCCUGUGGACCCGACUUCAAUCACAUCGUGCUCGGUUCCGAAGGAACACUCGGUGUCAUCACGGAGGUCGUCAUCAAAAUCCGUCCACUGCCGGAGGUGAAGCGAUACGGUUCGCUUGUCUUUCCCAACUUUGCCUCGGGCGUUCGGUGCCUGCGAGAGGUGGCCAAGGAACGGCUGCAACCAGCCAGCAUACGGUUGAUCGACAAUGAACAGUUCGUGUUCGGUCAGGCACUCAAGAUCCCCGGUGGUGCGUUUGCCCGAGUCGGCGAGCUGCUGAAGAAAGCGUACAUCACGCGCUGGAAGCGUAUGGAGCUGGACAAGAUCGCGAUAGCCACGCUGCUGUUCGAAGGACACGAGGGCCAUGUGCGACAAAAUGAGGAAAAAAUCUUUGCCAUCGCCAAGCGCCACGGUGGCUUCUCGGCCGGUAGCAGUAACGGCGAAAAGGGCUACAUCCUAACCUUCGUCAUCGCUUACAUCAGGGACUUGGCGCUGGAUUACAGUAUCGUGGCUGAAUCGUUCGAAACGUCCGUACCAUGGGAUCGUUGUGAGUCGCUGUGCGUCAAUGUGAAAAGCUGCGUCCGUAAGGAAUGUGCCAAACACAAUAUUCAACACUACCUCAUCUCUUGUCGGGUGACGCAAACGUACGAUGCCGGGGCCUGCGUGUACUUUUACUUCGGCUUUAACCACGCCGGCUUCAUGAAUCCGGUCACGAUCUACGAGGAGAUUGAAAACAAGGCCCGUGAUGAAAUACUGGCAUCGGGGGGCUCGAUCUCACAUCACCAUGGUGUCGGUAAGAUCCGGUCGCGCUGGUAUCCUCAGAGCGUCUCGGAAGCCGGUGUCCAGCUGUACAAAGCGACCAAGCGCGAGCUUGAUCCGAACAACAUUUUUGCCGCCGGAAACCUCAUUCCCAGGGAGCUGCAGGACGCUGACACUGCCACGACGCCCAGCAUAAAGGCCAAGCUGUAGAAUGGUCGCAGCGUGUGCCGUUAUAUGGUUGUUCCCAUUUUUCGCUGCUCUGCUGCUUGGCUUCAACAAAUCCCGGCAUAAAAAAAACAUUACAAACAUUCCAGUCACCCCCGCGCCCCAUUCUCCUUAUGCAUUUGCGUGCGUGUUAACCCGCUUUGUUAAGGAAGUUUUAGCUACCAAACGAACUAACAUUUGUUACUAGUGAACUUCAAUGUGCGGUUUAUUUUAAUAGAACAAUUUUUUGGGGACUGUUUCCUUUUUUGUUGCAAUACUAGACAGGUUUUUUUGUAAUAUCGAAUAAGGGAAAUUGAAAUAAAAAUGAAUAA